AUGAAUUAUUAUUUCCUUUUAUUGGCUCUCAUUGCCUCGAUUAUCCCUCAAGAAUCUGAAAGCGUCUGCGUGAGCCGACAGACCGAUUGGGGACAGUUCGGUUCUUUCUUCACGGAUCCACUGUGCGAUGUGUGGUGCAGAAUCCGAGUGAGUGUUUUUCCAACUUAUCGAUCUAAAAUUCUCAAUUUCGCUUAUCAAAUUCUGAUGGCAUUGCAGAGAUGCGGAGAAGGCGUUUGCAGGGAAAGCAAGAAUGAGAGGAAUCGGGCGAAUUGUGUCUGCGAAAAGUGCUACAGAGACGACUGGGGAAACGUGAUCUACUCGCAGGAUGAUUAUUACGAACCGUCACGUCUCAACUUCGACAGAACUUCCGCUUCUCCGUCGCGUUCUCAGAAUCAGAGAAGUCAGGACAAUUUGUACCCCAGCCAGAACAACUACAACACCGACAACUUUGCUAUAUAA